AUGUCGAAGAAGGAGGAUAAGCCCGCGGUGGUCCCGGAAGUGGACGACGAUGAACCUGAUGAAUGGGACAAGCGGAUCUUCAGCACCGGCUGCGCAGUGGAGCAGGAUAAAAUGAACGACUGCUAUUUUACGAAGAAGGACUGGAGACAGUGCAAGGGCGAGAUGGAAGCAUUUCGCGAGUGCUGGAAGCGCAAGGGCAAUGACCAGCGGACUCAAACAAAGGAUGCUUAG